UUAUUCAAACGCGUAGAAGAUUAAGGUAGAAUAUUUAUUGGAAAAUAAAAAAUGGCAGAGACCGAAAAUUUGUUGGUGACUGAUGGUGCUAAUAUGGAAAAUAUCAGACAUCGGGUGCAAAGAAAAAUUGCUGGGGCUUAUUUAGAAGUUAUAGACCCAGAUGCUCUAGACAAAGAGAAGCCUAAUGAAAAAUAUACUUUGAGUCAGAAUAUGGACAGUAAGACACAGCAAAAGUUUGAGAAAAAGUUUGAAAAAUAUAGAACUAAAGACUAUCCAUACAGCAUACAGAAUAUCUUAUGGUUCAUAGGUUCUAUUGCAUUGUUUUACUACACAGAUUUCUAUGUUGCCGUGAGGUAUGAUCCCAGGGUAAACAGAUUAUGGUUCAACAUUGGUGCCAUUUUGAUUUUGAUCAAUAUUGGAAUAGCAGGAUUCCUAAUUGUUUAUUUAUCCUGGAUAAAGAAAAUGAGUUCUGAUGAUUGGGAAAAGACUUGUCCUGCAGCAAUACCUAUAGCUACAGGAGCUUUUAUAAUGGGAGGAGUGUGUGUAACAGUUGGAUUGUGGCCAGUAUGGAAUAUUUUCACCCCAUUUAUGUUAUUUACAUUUUUCAUGGGUUUUGUUGUGACGGUGGCAAUGAUACCAAAUUUUUUAUAAGAUGAUAAACAGGCUACAGGAAGACACAGCAUGACAACAGAAGUGUUAAAGAUUUUAUCCUUAUUCUGUGUUGUUUUGAUCAAUUUAAUCUUUUUAUUUGUUGAAAAUUGCAUCAAUUGAUUAAUUUGCUGUAAAUCAACUGCAUGAUUCCAGGAUAGUUUUUGUUUUCAAAAUGUAUUAUUAGUAAUUACUAUUUAGACUUGGAUAUGAGGGUUUUACAUAUGAUAAAAGACAACGUCUGUAUUGAUAAAUAUUUGGGAUGGUUGUUUGUAAGUUUAUUAUUUCUUUUGUUUGCUUUGGGGUAGUAAUAGACAGCAAGCAUUUAUUUAUUUCACUUGACAGAAGUUCCACUUGGCACUUUAUAAAUAAAUAAUGCAAUGAUAUAUGUAUAUACUUCUAAUUCCUGAUACAGGAUCAUACAGGACUACAUGUAGUUUUAUACAGGAACCUUAUGUUCAGCAUUAUUUGUUACUAUAAAAACACAGUUUUUCUAAUAUGAUUGAACUUAUUAAAUGAAAAUUUGUCUUAUUCCUUUACCAUUUCUAGGUCUAGGAUUGAAGAAAUGAAAUGAUUUUUUUGGCCUAAUUUCUUGCAUAUUUUCAGCUUAUGAUAUUUUAGGGUGAGUUUUGAAGAAUUUUUCAGUGGCGGAUCCAGGGGGGUUUCGGGGGUUGGAACCCCCCCUUUUUUUUGGCCGAUCAAUGCAUUUGAAUGGGAACAUAUAGUUGGAACCCCCCUUUUUAAAAUGGCUGGAUCCGCGCCUGUUUUAAGUGUUAAAAUUUAAAUUAUGGAUUGAAUCAACCCGACUUCUUUAAAGUUCAUCUUCAAUCAGAAUCAUAGUUGCAAGAGAAUAGAGUUAAACUAACUAUAUUACUAUUUAAUUUUCAUUUUCACAUCAUGUUGAUUUACAGUAAUUAUUGAAAUUUCUAAUUUAUAUUAUUUUCAUUUCUUUCAUUAUGUUGAUGUUAUAAUUUCAGUAAUUAUCACUAUUUUUCUUAUGCUAUUUUGGGGAUGCAGACAAUCAUGUCUAUUUGUGUUCGUUUUUUUUUUUUUACAUUUGAUUUGAUUUUAUAGUCUGUUUAUGUCGAUAGAGUGAAAUACUCAGUUUUCAGUCCAAAUUGAACUCUGCCAAAAGUACAAAUGUUUAAACUCAUGCACAUUCUAUUUAUUUUUAUUGUUUACUUUUUGUACUCACUUAUCGUACUACUUUCAGACAGUUGCAAGGAUGUCUCUGAUGCCCCUGACUGACCCUGAGGGUGUUAUUUGGGGACAUAAGUCACAUGAUGUUAGUCAAACUUAUAUUAAUAGCAUAAACUGUAAAUUCAGCAUUUAUUGCAUUUUUUUUCUAAUGCUAAUAGAGUGACUUUGAUAGUAUUGCAAUGAUUAGAAAUAGCAUUCGGAAAUCUUGUGGAAUUUCCUAAAAUUACAAUAACUAAGUAAUAAUCUGGGUCAAGUCAAAACCCUGUGUGUACAGUUGUUAAGUGAUCUGACAGGGAUAAAUUUUCAGUGGUAGUUAUUUGUCACUGAAACUUAAUAAAAUGUAAUAUUGCUUGAUGCUUAAAAUGUAACUAUAAGGUUUUAGUCUGUUCAAUUAGCUUUUAGAAUUAAGAAAUCUAAACUUCUUCUUUUAUUACUGAUUUUAUACCAUACUUAAAUUGGUGGAUUGAUUGUCGAGUUGAAAGUAUAUAUAUCUUAUCAUUGCAAAGCUGAUGUUAAGUUAAAAAUAUAUACUAGUAUAUCAUAUCAUUGCAGUGCUGAUCUACAUUAAAACAAACUUAUCUUCUAAAUUUUAUGAGGCAGUAACAAAAAGCACCUGAAGUGUAUUCAGAGAUAUUUUUUUGUAAGUACAUUUUGGUAGAUCAGUAUUAUUAUGGUAAUUCUGUCAGAUUCUUUCGGCUAUUUAUAGAUUUGAUAUAAGAACUUUAUGAAGAAAUGUAAGCUUACUUGUCCAAUACUUAUAAUAUCAAUAGUGGUGCUAAAUAUUUUUCUUUCUCCUAAGAUAAAAUAAUCUGAUCACAAGUAUAAAAUUCUAUAAAUAUUUAAAGUUCAUUUGUUUCACAUUUUGAAUGGUGUGAUACUGCCCAAGUGGGUCAAAUUAGUAAAGUGUGGUUGAGUUUUUUAAAUGGAAAUCUAUCAAAACCUUUCAGAUACCUCAUUUGGCCGUUAGAAAGACACAGCAGAUUUAUAAAAAAUGUCAUCUGAUACAAUUUUUUGAAACAACCACUUCUCUAGAAAUAUGUUUUAUAAAAAAACUAUACAUUAAAAAGUACAGUAGACACAUGCAGUGUAAAAAUUUUAUAACUUUGGUAUUGAAAUGAUGAAAAUAAGUGGGAAGGUAAAAACCCAAAUAAUACUUUGUGUGGAAGGAAUAUUUUAGAGUAUGCGAACAAAAAGCUGAAGUAGUUAUUUGGUAAAAGUGAAAUAAAAUGUAUUCGUUUCUCUUCUAUAAUAAGUGCCAGUAAAAACAAUAAAAAAUAAUUAAUACCUGUCAAAAGGAUAUUUCAUUUAUUGGUUUUGUAAACUUGCUAUAUUUUGUAAUUAUUUAUAGCAGAAAAGAAUGCUGGUGACCUUGUUAAUACAUUUCACUCUCAAGGUUUAUUUUUCUGUCAGAUGGGAUUGAAAACUUAUGAUGUAAAUUCAGACAAGAUAGUAUUUUUGUAUAUUAUUAAAACCCAUGUUAUCUUUUAAGAGGAUGAAGAAAACCUGCUGAGUUCCAUUAAAAAAAUAUUUUUCGUUAAGUGUGGAUUCUUGCUCACAAAAUUAUUUUUUUAAUUCUUGCUCAUGUUCUUGCUUCAUGGAGAUAUGGAGAUAGUGAUUUAAAAUAUUUAGAUAGUUUUUUUUCAAAUAGAUGGUGCAGACAUUCCUUAAUUUUAUUUAUUUUUAUACAAUUAGAAUAAAGAGUGCAGAGUUUUAGAUAGCAAUAGAUAUAUUAUUUUUCCAUAGAGAAGAUAUUUAUUAUAUAGUUAGGGCUUGAAUGCCAGACCAUGUGUGUUGUUAAUGUUGUAAUAAUCAUUUUAUAAUCCUCAGUAUUAUUUUAUAUGUAUACAUGUAUCAUUUUAAUCAUUUCAUAUUCAGAAGCUCUUUACAGUUAGAUUCAUUCAUGAGUUAACCAAAUAAUCAAUUCAUUUUUUUCAGAAUCUAUAAAUGCAUUCAUGGUAAUGUUUUUAAAAACAUACACCAAAAAGUCUUUAACAAUGUAAAUUCAACACAAUGUUAUGUUUUUUUUAUUAUUGGGUAUGCAGAAUAAAAUUUCCCAUAAUCCUUUAAGAGUACAAAUAUAAAUGAAUUGAAAAUGUAGAUUACAUUAUUGUGACUUAAUUUGAAAAUUCACUGUUCACAUUUGUAUCAUACAUGUAUUUAAAGCUUCAACCCUAACAGAUUUGCCCAUCAAGUUAAAAGCUGUUAACACCCAACAGUUUUUGCCAUGCUGGAGAAGUAAACCAAGGACAUUUUAAGAAUUCUCGUAAUAUCAUUGGAUGCAUUCUUUGUUAAAUCUAACUUUGUACAGAUAUAUAACUUUAGAUGAAUUCGUGAAUCUUAAAUUAAUCUGAAUUGAGCUCAUGAGAGAAAACUGAAAAAUGAAUAUUUGUUAGUUAAAUUUUUCAUUUUGGAUAUAUUUUGAUUUUGUUUAUCAUCAGCAUUAUUUCAUCAUCAUAUUUUUUUUAUAUAGAAUUGAUAAAUUCUGAUUGGUCUCAUUUUUCACCUUAAGUCCAUGAUGAUAAUUUUUUUCAUUUCCCAAUGUUAGUUAGUGAUUGUUGUUAUAGUUCAUAUAUAUUGAUAAAUUUAUUACAAAAUCACAGUUUACUAGAUUGUUUAUUAUGUAAAGCAAACAUUUUGCAGCUGUUACUAAGAAAAUUAUUCCACUUAACUGAUCUUUAUCCGAAAUAGGACGGUUUGAAUUAAGUUUCUAGAAAUAAAUGCAAUAUUAAUCACUUCAAAAAGUUAUUAGCCAAAUCUUCCUGCAAAAAUCAUGUUAAUGUCACACCUAGAUAUAUCAAAGAGGUCACAAAUGUCAGACAUUUUAAAUAAGGUCAAAUACUGUAUAUACCAAAGUUUAAAAUUUCUUUUCUAACAUUGCUUCAGUGAGAUUUGCUGGAAAGAAAUUUUCCAAUGGUAAUUUGAGCUUUUAAAUUGAACAAAAGAAUAUCCAAUAUAAGGAAUAACUGUCUCUUUUGUACUUGUUUUCCAAAGUUGUGAUUAUUUUUAUGGAUUUGUAAAUUUUGUCUACAAUGAUGUACAUUGCGGAACACUAACCAAUGCCCACAUUACCAACAUUUUUUAUUUUUAUUUUAUAAGGCCCAUGUACUUACUGUAGGGUGGAAGUACAUGUUUGUAUGAUGUGUUAAUGCUGACCAUACAUAUAACAUUUGUCACUACCUGCGAUAGGACACUGGUACUUGCUAUGAGUUUAUUCAGACCAUGCACAUACCAUUUGUCACUACCUGGGAUAGGACACUGGUUUUUGCUAAUCUUUUUGUAAUCUCACAGCUCAGUUUAAUGCUGACUGUGAACUUUUGUUUAUUUUAACCAGUUUUUUUUUACAGUAUACUGUGAAGUGAUUGUUGCUUUUUAUUGACCAGCUUGCAGAAAAUAUCCCUUCUUUUCUUCAUAUCAUGGUACACUUACCAGAUAUUUUCUAAUUCAUGGUAUAUUGACAAAAAAAAAUAAUUUAGGAGCAAUUUUGUUACAGUUGAGAUUUGCAUAUGUCAUAAUUACACAUAUCCUAACAUAUGUCAUAAUUACACAUAUCCUAACAUAUGAAAUAAUUACACAUGAUCAGUUUGAUAUGUUUCAAAAUGCAUUUUAAGUACAGUUGAACCAUUUUAAAUUGGUAACCUUCUGAAAACAAAAGACAAAGCAAACUUAAUAAGAGAGAUAACUAGUAAAUAAUACAUUUACUUUAAAAAGAUCUAUAAACUAUUCAAUAUUUCAAAUAUGGAUACUGUGAACCUCAGUUUGAUUUUACUUUUUGUUCAUUCAAUUUUGAACUGAUGUGAAAAUAAAACAAAUAACAUUUCACAUAAUUAACAUGAGUACAGAAUCAGAUCCUAACGACAAAAUGAUAGAAAUAGUAAAACAAGUAUAGACCUCAAAUCCUAGGCUUCAGAUGAAUAAAUUCAACUCAGUUCUCAAAGUACUACAAAUACAACUUUUGUUCGCGAAUCAGCAAAUCCAGUAUUUUGAUUUCUGAGUUCGAGUGCUGUUAUUGUACUUGAAAUUUUGAUGAUUGCAAAGCCUGAUUGUCUCUAUCUCAGGAACUGUACCAUACUUUGUUGUGUAAGAGUCAUUGAUGAAAUAACUAUGUUAGAAAUUUUUCAGCUAAUGUUUAAAGCCAUUACUAUGAGUAUUUGUAUAAUAUAUUUAUUCUACUUUGAUUGCACUAAAAUAAAAGCAAUAUUAUUUGUAUUUGAUGUAAUCCAUUUUAAAAUAAUAUAUCAUUAUGAUAGGUAACUAUGUAAGUGCUGUUGGGAAUUAACAACCCAUAUAUAAGCUUGUAUGUGACUUUUCAAAGACCGAAAAAAUAUUUAAGAGCUGAUCUCAGUCUGAUUAACAUCAUUUAUAUUAUUGCCUUUAUUUCUGACAGAUAAGUAUAGAUUAUCCAGUUUACUACACUGACAUUGUAAAAUAUCAGCCACAAUCGAGUGUGUGCGACAGAUGAGCAAGAGCUUCACAUUAUGAAGAGAAGCUGGGUAUUUUACAAAAAUCUAUACAUAGAAAAUUCAAUCAUCUGUUUAUCAUUCUAUAACUGUUUUUUCCCAGUCCCAUAGACAGUUAUACACUUGACAAAAUUAAGCUUGAUAAAGACUCCCAACACAUUGUAACGUGGCUGAUAUUGUCUGCUCUGGUCUCAAAGCCUUGAUACGAGAAUUACAGAGUGACUGAGCCGGGUGAAGUAGGCCAAGGGAAGAACAAUGAACAAAUUUUGUUUCCAUUAUGUACUAAUUUAUAUGAGAAAGAAUAUUCUCUAUAAUUCUGACAUGAAUGAUUAUAACUCUGUAAAAGUAUAUUAGCAUAUUUUAUUUUGUAAUUCUGUGAUAAAAUUGUACAAAGAACAUGUAAUUUAUUUUGUAAUAGUUUGUUGUUUUAUUAUAAACCAUUUUACAAAUAAAAACUGACAGUUGUUUUA